GAAGUUACUCUUCCCUUACUUUUGUCAACCAAACAACUUCAUCUAUAGUUACUUCCUAGGAAGUUGAAAUUCCUGGGUAUUAGAGAGGCAACCAAACGAGCACUAAAUUAGGUUUGCACACCCUGAAUUUGCAUCCUCGUCACAAAAAUCCAUCGUUCUGAAGAAAACCUUCGUUUUCAAUCCAACCAUGGCUGAUACACACCAAAUCCACCUCAAACUGUUAAAUGGCCGAACCAAAACCCUAAAUUUCGCAACCCCAUCAAUCCAAAUCAGCCAAAUCAAAACCCUAAUCCACUCAAUCACCUCAAUUCCAGCCCACCACCAGAUCUUGAUUUCCAAAGGUAAGCUCCUUCAAGAGCCCAAUGAAUUCAUCAAACUCUCCCACAACAUCAACCCCAUCUCACUGUUGCUCCGGUUGCGUGGUGGGAAGGGUGGGUUUGGGUCCCUGCUCCGUGGCGCGGGCACGAAAGCUGGGCAGAAGAAGACUAAUAACUUCGAUGCGUGUCGCGAUAUGAGUGGACGGAGACUGAGGCAUGUGAAUGCGGAGAAGAAGAUGGAGGAGUGGAAUGCGGAGGCGGCGGAGAGGAGGUUGGAGAGAGUGGCGGAGGAGUUUAUUAAGAAGCAGGUGAAGGAAGGGAAGAAGCAAGCCAAAGGCGGGGAGAGUGCGGCGAAGAAGUAUGUCGAGAAGUAUGUGAAGGAUUCGGAGAAAUGUAGGAUGGAAGUUGAUAAGUCGGUGAGGGAGUCGGUUGGGGAUUAUUUUAAGAAGAGCGGGAAGAGGAAGGGUGGUGAUAAGGAAGCUAGCUCUUCCAAGAAAACGAAGAUUUGGAAGGGGAAGAAAAAAAUGGAUGCAAGUGAUUCGGACGAUACAGACGAGGAUGACAGUGAUGAUGAAUUGGGUGAGCAAAUUGAGAAAUCUGAUGUCAUAAACGUUGAAAAGUCACCAGAAUCACAUAAAGCUAAUGAGAGCUCAGGCUCUGUCACUGGGGGAAAAUUAGAUGGAGAAUCUUCUGUUGGAUGUUCAUCCGAGAGCCCUUCUUCUGAACAGGAGAAAGAUACUAUUGAGGAUGGAAAGAUACAAUCAUCAGAAAACUCUCCUGAUGGAGAUUUCAUUGAAAAAGAGGGCAGAGUAAAGGAACCAUCAGUGGAGAAUCAUGAACAAAUAAUGGUCCAAAAGAAAGAUUCUGAAGAGUUAACUGAAGCUAAAUCAUGUGAUGUAGAGAAAAUAGUAGUUGGGCAGUCACCGGUUGUCACUACUCUGGCAGAAAAUGAAGUUUCUCAUGUGGAGGCUAAUGGUGAUCACAACUCUGCACCAGAAAAACAUGAUGAAACAGUGAAAGCAGUCAGUAAUGUUCCAGUUGUGGAGGAACCAUUAGAUUUCAAUGAAUAUGGUUCGGCAGCAGAGAUGGAGGUUCUGGGAUUGGAAAGAUUAAAAACUGAGCUGCAGAAGUGGGGGUUAAAGUGUGGUGGUACUUUGCAAGAGCGUGCUGCAAGGCUUUUCCUUCUCAAGACCACACCUGUGGAGAAGCUUCCAAAGAAGCUGCUCGCCAAGAAAUGAAAGACUUUACUAGCCAUGUCUUGGUGCCAGAAAGGGUUUGGGCUACAUAUCUUAAUAUGACAUUUUCUACUAAAAAUGACUAUUGUCUGUAUUUGUUCCAUCCAGUACUUGACGAUAGCCCUGGCUAUAUAUGCAUGUGUAUAAAGCUGUUUACUUGUGUGUUUGAGGAGAAACCUGUGUGUUGUACUUUGAACCAAGACUCAACAAAUUGUAAUAAAAAGUAACUAUAUUUUGGUAA